GCCACCAGGACAUAGGAAGCGUGUGCCUGUCAAAGAAAUCAAGUUUACUUUUUCUGACUUGUUAACAGAGGCAGGGUAUAAAUAGAGCUAACUCUGCUCAGACUAGUAGCGUUUCUCUUAAAAUAAGGGGAUAACUUCCUAGGACCUUUAAUCCAAUGAGGUCCAGACCAAACUGCACUAUCGACAGAGGCAGCAGAGGAGCUCGCUGAAGCUUUCACCGAGGUCAGGUGCAUCUGGGUUCCUCAAAAAUUUAAGGCUUGCCAAAAAAAAAAAAAAGCAACCCCAAGCAAGCAAGAACUACUUCCAGCUCGGACACUGCCACUGCCCUGGAGAAGUUCUGAGAUGUUGUUGGUGCUGUUCACUCGGUGGAUGUGGAUCUUGCUGGGGAAGAGCAGUGUCCUCUUGCUUCUGGAGGUCUCUCUGAAAGGGAGAGCUCUGCCCCCAAUCCGGUAUUCCCACGCUGGGAUAUGCCCCAAUGACAUGAACCCCAACCUGUGGGUCGACGCGCAGAGCACUUGCAAGCGAGAGUGCGACGCUGACCUGGAGUGUGAAACCUUUGAGAAGUGCUGCCCCAAUGUCUGUGGAACAAAGAGUUGUGUGGCCGCUCGGUACAUGGACGUCAAGGGGAAGAAAGGGCCGGUGGGAAUGCCCAAGGAGGCGACCUGUGACCGUUUCAUGUGCAUCCAGCAAGGCUCAGAGUGUGACAUCUGGGACGGGCAGCCCGUCUGCAAGUGCAAGGACAGGUGUGAGAAGGAGCCGAGCUUCACCUGCGCCUCCGACGGGCUCACCUACUACAACAAGUGCUACAUGGAUGCAGAAGCUUGCAUCAAAGGCAUCACACUGAACGUGGUCACCUGCAGGUACCAUCUCACCUGGCCAAACACCAGCCCUAUCCCACCAGAAACAACAGCUCGCCCAACUACUGCCUACUCCGAGACAACGGUGGUCGACAUCCUGCCGCCCACGCUCGUGAACAACCCCGUCCAUCAGUCCGUCUACGUGGGAGAGACCGUCAGCUUCCUCUGUGACGUUACAGGGAGACCCAAGCCGGAGAUCACGUGGGAGAAGCAGGUCGAUGGGAAAGACAAAGUCAUCAUGAGGCCAAAUCACGUCAGAGGGAACGUCGUGGUCACCAACAUCGCCCAGCUGGUCAUUUACAACACGCAGCUGCAGGACGCGGGAAUCUACACCUGCACCGCCCAGAACAGCGGUGGCCUCCUCAGGGCCGACUUCCCUUUGUCAGUCAUCAAAGGAGAACCCACAUCCAAGGAAGCUUCUCAAAACAAAACGCAUUUCCCAACCGAUGAGUGCCUGAAGCAACCGGACAGCGAAGACUGCGGGGAAGAGCAGACCAGGUGGUACUAUGAUGCAAAGAAAAACAACUGCUUUACUUUCAUCUACGGGAACUGUAACAGCAACCUCAACCACUUUGAGACCUACGAGAGCUGCAUGUUAACGUGCAUGAACGGCCCCAUCAACAUCUGCAACCUGCCAGCCCUCCAAGGCCACUGCAAGGCCUACGAGCCCAGGUGGGCCUACAACAGCUUGACAAAGCAGUGCCAGUCCUUCAUCUACGGCGGGUGUGGAGGCAACGAGAACAACUUUGAGAGCCGGGAGGCCUGCGAGGAGAUGUGCCCCUUCCCGAAGAACACGCACUGCAAGGCCUGCAAGCCCCGCCAGAAGCUGGUGACGAGCUUCUGCAAAAGCGACUUCGUCAUCCUGGGCCGCAUCACGGAGCUCACCGAAGACCAAGACUCGGGGCACGCCCUGGUGACGGUGGAGGAGAUCCUCAAGGACGAAAAAAUGGGAUUAAAAUUCCUGGGGAAGGAACCCCUGGAAAUCACGCUCCUGAACAUGGACUGGAGCUGCCCGUGCCCCAACAUGACCACGGUGGAUGGCCAGCUCAUCAUCAUGGGCGACGUCCACAACGGCAUGGCCGUGCUGCAGCCAGACAGCUUUGUGGGGACCUCCAGCGUCCGGCGUGUGCGCAAGCUCCGCGAAGUCAUCCACAAGAAAACCUGUGAGCUUUUGAAAGAGUUCCUGGGAUUGCAUUAACCCCCCUCGCACGCGCCAGCCGCCCCGCUCCGUGUGUUACGUAGGGCUUAACGAGAGCUAGGCUAGUGCACAAACGAAGCGCGCUGUUCGAAGGUACACCGUAGGAAUUAUGCAGAACCCCUAUUUUAAUCCAUUAAUGAUGCUUAGCAACAACGUAGUUUGGUCCUUGGCAAGCACGUAAACCAGCAGCAAAAGGCUAUUAAUCUUGCAUUGAAAUCAACUCGUCCAUAUAGGAGUGCCAUUUAAAUAGGUGACUCACUGCAGUAAUUAUGCAAUUUUUAUGUAGCUUCCAUCAUAAAUGACGGAAUUCAUAGUGUUUGUUUGGCUAGUUGGUACACAGCUAAGUAAUAUAUAAUGUCAAUUUAAUCUGCCUCAUUUUCAGUCUGGAAAUGCGAUGGUAUGUCGUUGUAAGUAAGUCACGUGCUUGGCUCCUUAUAGCAGCACUAAUAUUUCAAGAGAAAAGCCUGUAAAUUAUUGUCUGUAUUUACAAUUGUGAACAUUUAACCAACCUAUGCAUUAUGAGUUUGCUUCUUUUAAUUGAUAUUUUCCUUUCUCUUUUUAAAAACUUCGUUUCAAAAUGGCAACUACUACCUAUCUUGCAAUCCUUUCUGGAGGAAAAACUCCCUUGAUCCUAUGCCCAGGACAACAGGUCCCUAUAGAAGCUCAAGGCAC